AUGGAUGACCCGCGAAACCAACCCACAUCGGCGCCUCAACAGGGCAACGAGGUGCCUCCUUUUCUUCUCUCAAAAGAUGAGCAGCGCGUCCUCGCUUUAUAUGACGAACUCCGCGAUCUCGAGGUCAGGGUUGCUCUUAUCAAGGCUCAGCAGAGUUACACACCAGAUCCGUCAAUACCAAAUGACGAAGACAACGUUCGCAAAGCCCAGCAAGGCGCAGCCAAGGCGCGUGCCGCGUGGCUUCUGAGAAACGAGAUCACGGAUAACGUUCUGACGGCCAACCCCAUACUCAAAGCCGUGCAUGGUAGCACGCAAGCUACACCUAUAGAAUCCGACCUCCUACCUCACAUCAACGCCCGUGACGAGACAUCCAUCGCCCUCGCGCAAACGUCCCAUGAGAUCCGCACAACUCUCAACAAGCUCACGGAAGUCGAGGCCGAGAGCCUUCGCGUCAGCCGACGGAAUGUCGAGCUCACAGCCGAGGUCCUGCGACUCGCCGAGGAGGCGGAGACGAGAAAGACGGGCGAGACUGACGACCCUGCCGUACAGACCCAAAUGGCGAGGCUACAGGCUGAGCUGAAGGCGAGCAGGCAGCGAUGGAAGGUCACGAAAGGCACGGCAAGCGCUAUCGUUGCGGGCAGCGGUGUGGACUGGGCCAGGGAUGCGGAGCUAAGGGACAUGGUUUUGGACCCUGAGGAGGAAUGA